AUGAUGAUCACUACGAAUAGGUCGUGUGAAAUUCACUUCGUCAACAACACCUCCGUUGUUUGGUACCGACACCUACACUCCGUCCACCAUGGCUGCUGGCUACAGCCUCCGCUGGAGAGCAUUUUUCCAAACCAGACGAUGGUCUGUCUGGCAGAAUGCACGCGGUCGUUCGGUUCCUUCUCCGGCAAGAUCCAGUACGCCGUGGUCUUGAACGAUGUCGAGUACAUCGUCAGCUCCGAGUUCGAGGUUCCCAUCCUCGGCGACAACAGGCAUGUGAGCGUGAUGGGGUGCAACGCGGAUCCACGGAUAAAGAAGAUGCCCGACCCUAUGAAACUUUUCGAGCUCUCCUACACGGCCGACACCUUCGUGUACAGCAAGUUCCUGGUCACCGUCAAAGAGACUGCAGAAGGUUCUGUUUUCCUGCAGAAAUGCCGGGAGGAGCUGGAACAAGCGCUAAAAGAGUUUUACCAAGUUUCCCCUCAAGGUUUAGCUGAUCCGCUAGACCUCCCCUCUCGGAUUCCAAUGCACUUCGUCUGGAAUGUGAAGAAUGUGGACUGGAAAAAACGCCUGAGGAAGUCACACAGAUCCAUGUUGAUUCGCAUCGUCAACUUAACGACGCACCUCCUCGUCCUUGACCAUCGCCGAGAAGAAAAGGAGCGUCUUGAGGAGGGAGUUUGGCUAGAAUUUCCGAGCGAACAGAUUCCUCCUCUGUGUCUGACGGAGUUCGGCUGCCACAGCGAUGGAUUUCUCUUCGGCACUGGCGGCAGCUGCACCUACCUGAUUCCUGGAAGACCAGGGCAAUUUGUCUUUUUCUGGGACCAGCCUGGCAUGGGCGGUUGCCGCAGUCUCGGAGUCCACACUGGAAAGGCUUUCCGCGUCUUCAAACACACAGAAAACCUGAACGAAGGCACCAUCGUUUUCCACGUCAUAGAUCCGAGUCACCCUCCGUGUGUCCAGAUUGUCCAAGCACGGUCUCUGCAUCCCCAGCGUCUUGCGAGUUUCCAGUCUUCUUCGUUUCGCACGUCGGAGUCCCGGAGCGGCUCUUCGGCUCAGCUUAUGCCGUCGUCCGCCUCUGCGCGCAGAGAGUUCCUCCGCGACAGCACAGACCUCACGACUUCUCUGGUGGCUUAUCUUCGUCGGUCGGCUCUGGAGUCUAGUGGAAUCAUCUCAGAAAACUUUCCUUCAACUGUCUCCUCCCAUUUUGGCCGCUCUCCAAGCUCCUCUGUUUCCACCUCCGCCCCCAGCGUCGUGGGCUCUGACGAGCCGUUGGGAUCCAGAGUGGGCGCGGGUCCGUCGGGCUCCAGUGUCUCCGGCGCGGCCGCGGGCUCGGGGACACAUGCGUUGGGCACCAGUCCCCAACCCCUGGCGGGGGGGCGGCUGGGACGAGACUCUGGACUCGACGGAGAUGAAGGAACCAAGUGGGGAGGCAGCGUGGAAAUCAGUCUCGUUAGUCCGCGGGCGUUCUUCUGUGCCUUGCAAAGCACAAAGACGCUUCGAGGGGCGUCGCAGCCGAAUUCUCUGCUGUACAUCCAGUGGCGGAUCGGCAGCGAGCUCUUCGAACGCGUUUUCGGUCCUGACGAAAGAGUUUUUCUCCAUGGGGGUCUCGUCGGGGGUCUAGAGCGGAACCAGACGGAUUUAAUUCUGCGAGCAGAGCCAGUCAACUUACGCAGGCUGCCCCCAGGCCUGAAGGUUGCCGAUUUGUACGCUGGGGACUCCGGGGGACUUUCCUCUCUCCUCGCGCGCUCUGUGGGCGCGGGCGGGGCCCCGGGGGCAGUUGGCCCGGGGGCCCCGGGAGUCCCUCCGGUCACGAACGAAGCGGAACUUCUGGAGGUUCUCGUUCGCGGCUUUCGGAUUUGUGCAAGCGGCCUGUUGAGAGAAGUUUCAGAGAGAAUGGAGGCUGCUUUCGGCGUCGACUGGCUAGCGAAGUGCGACUUGCCUAGGCAGCACAUCUGGCGAGAUCUCGGCAGCGGCGAGGGCGAACAAAUUGACCUCGAGGGGCUUCUCCACAUUAUGACUGCUUUCUGGGACGAAGUUUUCGAGGAGCGUCUGCAAGACCCACAACCUCUUCACGCGAUGCAGGCCGUUGUCAUUUACUGGGCCACACAAGAAUUGGCUGUUCUCGACGGUCCUAACGUUUUUUCGUUUUUUGAAACAGCGAUCAAGGUUCUUCGGAAAUUAGGACAACCCGUGCACGCCAACAAGUUGCAAGAUCUGAGUCGGGCACUCGAUGGAACAACAAAUUCGUUUUCCCCUCCAUGUGUCGCGAGCGUUACUAAUUCGUCUGUAGAACACCCAACCUCAGUUCCCGUUUCUUCCCUGAAGGAAGGCACGACUGGUAGCACAUUCACGGGUGCCGCUGCCUGAUCUUGUGGCGCUACAAAGUUACUACAAAGACAUGCAGUUUAGUGGUGUCUGAUUUCAAGAGAUAGGGAAGAUGAAUGAGGGCCACACAAAGCAGAAACGGCAAGGAGGUAGCACUAAAAAAGGCCUCAGCAGAUAGCUCCAGAAGGCACGCGAGAGUGGCUGUAGGUGAGAGCGGCCAUUCGAUGACCGAGGCUGACGGUGUGGAUGGCUUCUGGGGCACAUACACGGAAAAGAUGACUCUGCGAGACGCCCGGAGCUUUCGCGGCCUCAUGGAGAUGGUGAAAGUUGCGAACGAGACUGCGGAAUUGGCAUUUUGACGUUUCCGGUCCUCGGCCAUCUCGUGCAGCUGACUGGGGGAGCGGUGCAUGCGCUGCGGCAACAUUCUUUUGUUGACAGCUGAAAAGAGUGAAAUGCAGUACUGUCGUCCCUUUGAUGAUACGAGGUUAACUUGCACCAGUGCGGAUUUUAUUUAAAAAGUGCCUCAUACUCUGCUCCUGUUGUCAGUGCUUGCUGUGGUUGCAAAUUCUUGUAGCAAAAGUAACCUUCUCAGCGUGGCUCUAUACGAUGGAAUGGAACCGGUGAAUGCGAACAGAUCGAGACGCCUUUUACUUCUUUCC